UAGUCGGAACCCGGAGGCAGCCGGAACCUGGAACCAGUGGGAACGCAGGACUAACCGGAUCCCGGAAGUACGGACUCAUUACUUCCGUUCCAGAAGAUUAGUUUUAAGCAUGGCUUUGAGAGGGGAGGGACGCAAGAGAAAGAAGGGCCAGGAGCGGAGACAGAGCUCUGAAGACGACGUGGGGAAUGCAGCCACCGACUACCUGGUGGGACAGGUCGCCGACAGCUUGCGGGGCGGCGCGCGCCCCCCUGGAGGAGGGACAGGGCGGCUGGCAGCUCUCUUCAGCACCCCGGAGACAUUGGCUCCCCCUGUCUUUGUGCCUGUGCCCCAGGAAACAUCUAAAAAAAGAAAACCUGAUGAUGAAGAAGAAACUGUGGCCCACAUUAAAAAGCCAGCUUUGCAAGAGCCUGCAAGAAAAGUGAAAGUGAAGAAACUCUCCGAUGCAGACAAGAGGCUGGCAAACAGGGAAAGUGCGCUGGCGAAUGCUGAUUUAGAAGAGAUUCGUCAAGACCAAGGGCAGGGAAGGAGAAGGUCUCAGUCUCGGGGUAAAGUGACUGAUGGAGAAGCCCUGGAUGUUGCCCUCAGUCUCAAUGAGGAUGGGCGCCAAAGAACAAAAGUCCCACUCAACCCCGAAGAGGAGCGGUUAAAAAAUGAGAGGACCGUGUUUGUUGGUAAUUUGCCUGUCACGUGUAAUAAGAAGAAGCUGAAGUCGUUUUUUAAAGAGUAUGGACAAGUAGAAUCCGUACGAUUUCGUUCUGUGAUGCCAGCAGAGGGGACACUAUCCAAGAAGUUGGCUGCAAUAAAACGUAAAUUUCAUCCUGACCAGAAAAGCAUCAAUGCGUACGUAGUGUUUAAGGAAGAGAGAGCUGCUGCAAAGGCGCUGCAGAGAAAUGGGGCCCAGAUUGCAGAAGGAUUUCGUAUUCGAGUUGAUCUGGCAUCUGAAACCGCCUCUAGGGACAAGAGAUCAGUAUUUGUGGGAAAUCUUCCUUACAAACACAGAUGCUGUUCAUCUUGCUUUGAAGUUAAAUAAUUCUGAGCUAAUGGGAAGAAAACUGAGAGUCAUGCGUUCUGUUAAUAAAGAAAAACUGAAACAACAGAAUUCAAAUCCAAGCGUGAAGAAAGAUGGCAGUAAAUCUAAGCAGAGACUUAAUUUUACUUCUAAAGAAGGAAAAUCCCAUUCUAAGAAUGCAUUUAUUGGAGAAAAGGCAGUUCUCAUGAAAAAGAAGAAAGGACAAAAGAAAAAAGGACAAACGAAGAAACCAAGGAAACAGAAGUAAUAACAGACUUUGUCCCCUUCCUUUCUGUGGUGAAACCUUGCAAUGAGUGUCUGGGUUUUUUUAUGGAUUGUGAGGAAAAUGUGGAGACUUCCACAAUGUCUAUCUAUUUUUUUUACUAAAUUCAUGCUAUAUGUAAGGCCUCUCUGAAGCAUUGUUCUUAGAAAUGUAUUUAAAGAAAAAUAAUAAACAUUAAUACUCUGUGUUUAGGCCAGGAUACUGACUCUGGGUGUAGUCAUGGCCCCUAAGAAAGACUUGUGAGCUGUUUAUAACACACAUUCUUCACCUCUCAUUUUUCUUUCUCUUGAAAUUACAGUGGAGAUGUACAUUUCUAUCUUAUUCCAUACAGCUAAUAAUUGCUAACCAGUAAGACUGCUAAUAGAAGUGGGACUGGCUUCUAAUACAUAGUCAGUGACUACAGGGGUCAUUGAUUUGCUUGGCUAUAAAGGGAAAUGUGAUGCUUAAGUUAGUAUCACUCAGAAUGAAACAGCUGUCCCUGAAAGUUUAAAGACAGCAUCUAAUGAAUUAUGUUAAUUAAAUUGCAAACUUUCAAGCUGAAUGACAGCACAACAUGCUGCUGCAUUCCCUAAGUUCCAGACACUGAUCUUACCAAGAGGGGGGACAGGGGAAUCCAAAGCUGAUUCAGGCAGGCAGAGUCCAGUAAGUACACACAGUCCUCGAGAGGUUUAUUUUCUGGUGCAUCGGGUUGACCCUUAAUCAGCCCCUUGUGGCGAGUGACUGGAAGGAGACCCCAAAUGGCUGUAACAAGCAGUUUUUAUACUUUCAGAGGUACAGGUAACCAGCAAGUUUAUAGUUCAAACUUAUAUGACAUGCAUUCGAGCUCUAUCUGGGAACAGAGGAUCAGGUGACUAUCAGUCAGUACUUUCUAUGGAUUUUCAAGAAUGUCCCUGUUCCUGAGAACUGUGGGUGGAGAGUGGAACUUGGCCCAGCCUUGACCUGAGGCCGUGGGGGUGAAACUGGUGAAAGCCCUUAGGGUCCUCAUAACCUAUCUACUUUCUUCCAGGCCAAGCUUCCUAAUAGCUCUUAUGCUUCAGUAAGAACUAGGGUCCUUCAUGUAGAAAACCUAAUGAGGUGUUUAAAACAGCCCUAGGGACUGGAGAGAUGGCUUCUUGGUUAAGAGCAUGCACUGCUCUUCAGAGAGUACUUAAGUUCAAUUCCUAGCAUCCAUGUCAAGCAGUUCACAACUGUUUGUAACUUGAGCUCCUGGGUCCAACUCCUCUGGCCUCUUGCACUCACCAAUAUAACCUACACACACAUAUGUACAUAUACUGAGAAAUGACUCCUGUGAGUGAGUGGAUUAAAGCAUAGGUUAUAUACAUGCAUACAUGUAAUUUUAUUAUUAAAUACGUGUAUGAUGUGAAUGCGGGUACAUGUGGAAUUCAGAAAACAAGUUCUCUCAUUCCACAGCGUGUACUUUUACUCACUGAGCCUUCUCACUGGCCCCAGAUAUUUCGGAAUUUGUUACUGUGUAAUUGUUGAAAUUUCUACUUUGGAAUGUAUGUGCUGCUAUGAUUGUGUAAAUCAUUAAAAAACUGUAUUUUGUAGAAAAAUUUCCAAAGAUGCUUUGUGUAAUUUUUUGCUACCUGAAAAAGUAACUUGUUAUAUCUGAUAAAUACUUAAUAGUCACAAGCUAUGUAUAAGUGGCUGACAGUGGAUAGGGUUUGUUAGGAUAAAAGUACUGGCUAGGUGCUGGUUAAUCAUGAAUAUUAAGUAUUUUUUUCUUGUGAAUUUUUUUUUUCUUUAACAUAGCCUCAAAAAAUCCUUACAGGGGCUCUGCAGUUAAGAGCACUGGCUGCCCUUCCCGAGGUCCUGGGUUCAAUUCCCAGCAACCACAUGGUGGCUCACAACCAUCUGUAAUGCGGUCUGAUGCUCUCUUCUGGGACACUGGCGUAUAUGCAGAUAGAGCACUUGUAUGCAUAAAUAAAUCUGGGGGGAAAAAGCAUUCUUGCACCGGCUACCUCUUAUCUCAUCACUGUACCCAAUUCCCAGAGACUACAGCAUAGCUUGUUACUGUCCCAGGCUUUCAUGUUUCCUCAGUGAAGGGAGCAGUGCUGUACCAGACUGUCUUUCCUUCAAAUGCUGGCCACAAGUGCGUGGUGGGUAGGUCUCGCGAUUAAUGAGCUUGUGGGGAAUCUUGCUCAGAUGGGUAAGGGGAGGCCGAAGAGACUGCAGUUUAAUGAUGGAACAAAUCAGAGCCACCCGGAGACUUUUUUGCCCCUCUAAAACCCUCACAGGUUAAAAAUGUUUGAACGAAUUACAUUUUUCUUAUCCGAAACUUAUGACAGGGUUACAACAUAAUUAAUUUGAAGUCAAUCGCCGUGUCUAAGCUCAGCCACAACCCAAUUUACAAAGCAAAUACUGCCAGGUCAGGUGGUUCAGGCCUUCCUUUAAUACCACUGCAAAGAGGCAGGAAGACUGCAGGUUUGAGGCCAGGGCAGACUACACACCAAGUUCCAGACCCUACUAUGUUCCAGACACUAUUAUGCUACAAAGGGGAGAGCCCAUCUCAAAAAAUCUAAAAAGUAAACGCAUGCACUUCAAGUCACAGGUUUCCUGAAGGACACAAGGAAAUGAGAUGCUGUUCUGAGAGGGCUCCCACCUUCGUCUUUCAUAAGCAAGGACGGUGGAUUAGAGGAUCUGACUCAGCGUGCCACAAACACAUGCAGCUCCCAACCACUAGGUCGUGAGGGAGGGCGGGAGGCGCGGGAUGACGCACAAACCCCUCCGCAGUGCACGCCUCGCCCCCAGCAUGGCGCCUCCGCCGCGCAGACAGGGUUAUCUGCGCGUGCGCACCAGGCGCUUCCGCUCAGGCACUGCCGCGGACACCCCGCCGCGGACGCCCAGGGGUCCUCGCGCACCGGAAGUCCUCACACUCGGCCUUUUCCGUCUGGACUGCAGACAGGCGGCAGCGAGAGACCGGCGAGCUCCGAUCGGUCGGAGCUAACCGCUGCCAGGCGGGCUGCCGCGGCCCCGCACACGCCCCAGUCGAGCGAAGAUGGUGGGCCGGAACAGCGCCAUCGCCGCGGGCGUGUGCGGUGCCCUCUUCAUAGGGUACUGCAUCUACUUUGACCGCAAAAGGCGGAGUGACCCCAACUUCAAGAACAGGCUUCGAGAACG